AAGGAGCGUUUCAGGAUGAGGUUACAAAGAAAAGAUGACUUGUCUCGCCCUGUCGCCAAGGAAUUUUAUUUUCUACAUCUUCCUCUUUACAAGAAUAAUACUGAACUUCCUUUAUUCUUAGCUGAUGAGUCUGCUGAUGUUGCAGAGUUGCAGUACAAUACAGGAACAUUUAAUCAUGAUCUAUGUAAAAUAGUAACACACAUACACAGUGUAAUCAUAACUUUUAUAACAACUUAAAACCAUUAAGACAUACUUUAAUGAGUAAAUGAAUAUGCUAGAAAAGAGCAUCAGAACUCAGGGCAGGAAACACAGUCACUCUGCAUCACGCUACUGCUGUCCUCCGAUUCCAUCAUCAGCCAAUGAGGAAACUCCGACACUCAGUUGGCUGACCAGUGGUGUAACUUCAUAAUGCACUCACUCACUAACUCAACCGUGGUUAUAUAGGGCUGGUCUGUGGCUGGUCCAGCCAAAAACUGUGACGGAGAGACAGUUUCAUCUUCUACAGUACAUGUACAGCAGCCAGUGCUACACAGCUGUCCUUUUAGAAAAUACCAUAGUUGCUUUUCAACAAUGGAAGAAAUCUAUGUCAAUGCUGAAGACAUGAAAUAUGUUGAUACCAAACAUUCAAUAAUUCAGACAGGUCCGAAGACUUCAGAGAGGAGAUUUCAUGGAGCUGUUCUUGUCUUUCUGGGGCUGCUGAGUGUUUUCCUGCUGGCUGGACUCAUCGGCCUCGGCGUCUACUAUUCCGUUGUCAUAAACAACCUGACUGAGCGUCUCCAGGACAGUAAUAACAAGCUUUGUUCCGUGUCUGAAGAGAGAGACCUGCUGCUUACCAACCUCACUGGAACUAUAGACAUGGACGAGCUUCAGAGUUUGUCUGUACAGAACAGAAUUUGUCCUGCAGGAUGGAGGAUGUUCGGAUGUUCCUGUUAUUUCCUCUCCAAUGAGUCUGGUUCCUGGUCAAGAGGCAGACAGGACUGCAGAGAGAAAGGAGCAGAUCUGGUGGUUAUAGACAGCACUAAAGAACAGACAUUCUUUUCUACCUUCACUGAGGUAGAAACUAUGAUUUGGAUUGGUUUGACUGACAGAGACAAAGAGGGAACCUGGAAAUGGAUUGAUGGAACACCACUGACUUUAAGGUACUGGGAAACAAAUGAGCCUAAUAAUGGAGGUGGAGAUCCGCAGUGGGGUGAAGAGGACUGUGCACAUAUCAGGACUGGCAAGAAAACUGAAGACAACUGGAAUGAUCUGUCAUGUGAUACUUCUCUGCGGUGGAUCUGUGAGAAAAAUGCUGGUGUAUAAUAUGUAAAAAUGCUUUUUCAAUGCAAACUAUGAUUUUGCAAUAAGGCAAAUCAGUUUGUAUGUGUGUGAAAUUAAAACUUUUCUCUGCUGUGCUGAUGA